AUGGCUUCACACCACACGCAGAACCUCGAGCCGAGAAGUAUCCUGGCUGCUGUUACAGAGCUUGGAGUCGGUGGAAAUGGCGCAUUUCUUGACGGGGAAUUUAAUGGAGGGGAGUGUUGCGUCUUCAAACUUAGCUUCGAAGACAAAGCGAGUAUCGCCGUUCGGGUGUCGCAUCCCACAGAUGACAGUCGUGACGACAUAAUCGCCACAGUUCAAACCGAAGUGCGACUUCUUCAGACUCUUGAGUCAAAGGGCUUCCGCUGGUCGCCGAGAUGUUGCGGCUUUAGCCCAACGUUCGAUAACCCGAUUAAAUAUCCAUUCAUCAUAUUAACUUGGAUUGAGGGUUCUACCUUGACCUGGGAUGAUGACUUUCCACGACAGCCUCUUCGAGAUGUGUUACUUGGUCAAAUAGCCUCAAUACAGCUAUCCUUGAUCACAUGUACACUAGAAAAUCGGUCUACUUCCGCAGCUGCUUUCUUCCAACGACGUAUGGGAAAUAGAUUGGCUCAGGUGCGAGAAGGCAGGAUUCCUGGUCUCUCUGAAAAAAACUGCAUCGAACAACAAGCUCUGGUUAGCCAGGUGCUUGGCGAAGAUCAAAAUGAUACUGCCUUCGCCGUGGAGCACGGCGAUAUUAAGCCGAAUAAUAUCAUAAUUGAUCAAGAUUAUAAUAUUAAAUGUAUUAUCGACUGGGGCUUUGCUGCCUUUGUACCGAUCACAAAAGCCACAGGCCUGCCUCGUUUUCUGUGGUCUAGCGACUCGGACCCGGCUGAAGUUGCACCGAGUCAGACCCUUCUGAAGGAUAGGCGGGCAUAUGUUAGUUCAUUUUUAUCACAGACUUCGCAAGCGGCGCUAUCUAUAGUGUUGGCCUUGCUUGAUAUUGGACGUUUCAUUGUCAAAAAGUUGCUAGGCCUCUUGUUUAGUGCUUUUGCCACUGCCACGCUGAUAAGCAGUGUCGUUAGUGACUUAUCAUGUCGAGUUAGCAGGUCUUAA